AUGGAUUGGAGUGAAGAGUUAGGAUUUGAGGAAUUUUUCAUACGUGUUUUGAAUAGAACAGAAGAAUUUGCUGAACGCAUAGUUCGUAGUGACGACGAAGAAUACAGGUCGAGUGUUCUUUCCCACGUUGAUUUGCUUGAAAGAACGGCAAUACUACCUGUCCAAAUAUCACAAGUGGUUUCAAAUGAAGCUGACUUGCAGGUACUUGAAGGCUUACGAGCAGUUUUUGUUCAGCUGCUUGAUUCAUUUCUGAGACAUUUCGGAAACAGUUCAUCUCGCAUAACACGUAUUUCAUUCAUACCGCAUCAAAUAACACCGUCAGAAGGAGCAGGCAGACCUAGUGUUAAUAUACCAUUUGAAUUAUUGGAAGACUUACGAGGUGUUGGUUUCGCCUGGGAACAAAUUGCAAAAAUGUUUCGUGUCUCCCGUUGGACAGUAAUGCGCAGAGUACAAUCAUAUGGAUUGCAAGGCUUAUCACGUUUUUCAAGUAUUACCGACGAACAAAUAGAUGGUAUCAUCCAUGCAUAUAUAGGCAAUCACGGCAGCACAACUGGAGAGUCAUAUAUGCGUGGCCAUUUUCGCGCCCUUGGUUACUAUGUCCCUAGAAGAAGG